AUGCAGCGCUAUCUGUUUGUCCUAGCUUUUCUCAGCACGGUCGCGUACACAGCACCCUCUGUGGAGAUCGUCGGCUUUCGCUCUCUUCCCUGUCCCUUCAAUGUUUCUGCGAACAUAUUGGCCGGCAAUUUAGCCCUCACGUAUGAUACCUCCACGUUAAGCUCUAACACGGGUUUCGUCGACGAGCAUAUCUGUACAAUCCAUGUCGAGCUAUCUCAUGACCCUAAAAACGAUCGGAUGUUUGUGACAGACAUUGACGUUACUGGGGACGCCGACGCAGAACUGGACACGCUUUUGGCCUGGGACACCAGCCCUGCCCCGACAUAG